GUGUGGACGUCUGUGUAAGUGUGAGAGCAUCAUGGUGGCGUUUAAAGGAGUCUGGACUCAGCCCUUCUGGAAAGCCGUUUCGGCAGAAUUUUUGGCCAUGCUCAUUUUUGUCCUCCUCAGCCUCGGUUCCACAAUCAACUGGGGUGGAGCAGAGAAGCCCCUGCCUGUAGACAUGGUCCUUAUCUCCCUCUGCUUUGGACUCAGCAUUGCAACCAUGGUGCAGUGCUUUGGACACAUCAGCGGAGGCCACAUUAAUCCUGCUGUGACCGUGGCAAUGGUCUGCACGAGGAAGAUCAGCCUCGCCAAGUCAGUCUUCUACAUUCUUGCCCAGUGCCUGGGAGCCAUCGUGGGCGCAGGCAUCCUUUACCUCGUCACACCACCAAGCGUGGUGGGAGGCCUGGGAGUCACUGCGGUACACAGGGAUCUUUCCGCUGGCCAUGGACUCCUGGUGGAGUUGAUAAUUACAUUCCAGCUGGUUUUUACUAUUUUUGCCAGCUGUGAUUCAAAACGAAGUGAUGUCACUGGUUCAGUAGCUUUAGCAAUUGGAUUUUCUGUUGCAAUUGGACAUUUAUUUGCUAUCAAUUACACCGGUGCCAGUAUGAACCCUGCUCGAUCAUUUGGACCUGCUGUCAUCAUGGGGAGAUGGGAAAACCAAUGGGUAUAUUGGGUGGGACCAAUAAUAGGAGCAGUCCUUGCUGGUGCUCUUUAUGAGUAUGUCUAUUGCCCAGAUGUUGAACUCAAGCGCCGUUUUAAAGAUGUCUUCAGUAAGGCUGCCCAGCCAUCCAAAGGGAAAUACAUUGAGGUGGAUGAUAACAGGAGCCACGUAGAGACCGAUGACCUGAUCCUGAAGCCUGGCAUAGUUCAUGUGAUUGAUAUCGACAGGGGUGAGGACAAGAAGGGAAGAGACCCAUCCAGCGAGGUGUUGUCUUCUGUAUGACUAGCAAGAAGCACUGAAAGCAGAGAGCAGCCUGCUAACCUGUCCACAGAUAUCCUUCCACCUAUUAAAGAAACAGAUCUCCUCUAAACUGAGCAUCUACCAUUUCUUAACAGGUAUGGUGCAGGCAGAUGCAUGGUAGUGGUGUCACCAAACCAUAUGCCUGCUCAGUUGGGAUAUUAAGACUUUGCUAUAAUUAGGAUUCCCCAUCUAUUAUUCCAAAUUAAGAGUUAUUACUACUACUUUCCUUCCCUUCUUUCUGGAAAAAUCCCAAAGUAAAAAAAAUAGAUGAAAGCAUUCUUCUUUAAUAAAUCAGUCAAUAAUGAGAUGAAGAUAGAGAUGUUUAACAUUCAGAUUGACGGUUAAGACGUAUCAGGAAAUGCCUAUAGACAUGAAGACCUACUUAUCAGAUUGUUCUUCUGACAUUUAAUUGGCCGUUGUCAGCUCCGAUUAGAACAUCUUAUCCAUUAAGUGUUCUCUGCAAGGUUCAGGGACAGCACCAACAGUGUUUAAGAGUUUUAUCCACAGUCAAGCAAAAGAGUACUGUUUCCACUCACGUACAUCACUAUUGCCUUGCAAACUACCUCUGAAAAAAUGAUACUUUAAUAGAUUUUAAAAAAAAAAAUCAGCCCAUCAAAUUUCAGUCAUGUGAUUUGCAGUAUAAAUAUAUUACCUUCAUCCCUUCCCAGGAGUAAAUACACUGAAAUUGAAUGUUGAAGUCUACUGUAAUAAAGCUGCAAAGCAUUUGACUGUACUUCAUGCUCCCUCUUGCCAUUGUCUAUCUGGUGAAACAUUCUCCUGGGGCUUGACUAUUGACCAUUUAGUGUUAGCAGACUCUCAAGGUCAUGCAAAGAAUAUAAAGGCUUUCCUGUUACUUAAUAACUCAAAUAAGAGAUAUCGGAAGAAAAGAAGGCAUAUCUGUUUUCAGUGCACUUGUUCAAAUACACAUUUCUGUGCUAAUUUAUGUAAACUAAAGGUUUAAAUUACUUACCUACUUUCUUACA